AUGUCCUCCAAAUCCUUUCUGGUUUUUCUGUUACUGGGUGUGCUGCUUCUGAUCACCACCACUUCUUCUCUUGCUGAUCACGACGAUGAUCAUAAGAAACCUCCCCACAAACCACCACACAAGCCUCCAGCUUCCCUGGACUUGGACGUAGCUCAACCACGGCCCAUUUUGGCCGGCAAGCCUCCUAAGGGACCAGUAAAGCCACCGCCGGGAAAGAAGCCACCGACUUCCUCACCAUUUGAUGACGAGGCUGACUCCCACAAGCCACCACAGAAGCCACCACCCAAAAAGAAGCCACCGACGUCCUCACCACUUGAUGUUAAGGAUGACGGACACAAGCCACCCUAUAAGCCGCCACACAAGCCACCACACAAACCUCCUACAGCCAACUAA